ACUUUUUAGUCAAUAUUUUUUUUUUUGCAGUAAUUCAAUUAUGGUAAAUACUUAUAAAUAUCACUCUUAAUGCCAUCAUCAUUAUAUAAUACGUCGGACAAUUACAUUGAUAUUCUUGAUCAAUGGAAAUUUCAGAUUAUGAUACCAACUUUUCAAUAUAUGAUAAACCUGAUCCCACCCGAGCUGUUCGGCGUCUAAAUUUUAGUAAUAAUCAGAAGUUAAUAUAUAAUCUAGCUAAAAUAGACUGGAUUUUGGAUGAUGGUCCAUACAAAUGCCCUUCAGAUUGUUCUGCUAAUGAACUUAGUCAAGUUUAUUUGGAAAUAACUGAUCUUAUUAUUGAUCUGGCUGAGUUGAUAGAAGGGGACCAAGAUUUCCAGUUAUCACUUGUAAACUUUUUGAAUAAUGGCCGAUUGGAUAAGAUCAUAACAAUCCUAGUCACAGAAUCACUUUUUGAAAACUUCCUAAAAAACUACGAAGGUAAUGAUUGUCAACAUGUAUUAGUGGCUGCUAAGAAGCUUAUCACAUUCAUUUAUGAGAUUUCUGCACCUUAUCAAUUAAAUUUAUUUAUUAAGUGUAGUAGGACGCUUAAUUUACUAGAAAAUUUAUACAGUUGUCUAAAUAUCCAUUCUCCUAAAGAUGAUUGGGACAUUGUAAAGCUCUUUAAUGAUUAUUACGAUUAUCCGAGAAACAAGAUAGAUGAUGAUUGGGUAAAUACAUUGUUGAAAACAAUCUUCGAAAAUUGUAAUCCACGUUUGGAAAUAUUCCAAUUUCUAAACGAUAAAUAUCAAUUGUAUACUAAUAGUCUAGAUCAAUUUGUGAUCCACAUAUGUUCACUCAUUAAGAAUUUUCAGAGACUAAAUUUAAUUUGCGAAGAUUUGCAAAGUAAUUUGAUAGAAUAUAAAAUCGUUUUGCAAUCGUCAAUACUUGAAAUAUUGGAAAGUCAACAAAUUUCGGAAGUAGCCUAUGAUUCUCAUUUCAAUGACUUGAUAAUUACCUUUAAUGAAAUAUUUGACGAAGAUAUUAGGUUUUCACAAAUAGAACCAAGUAGGACUAUUAUCAAAUAUGAUUCUAUUGGUGAAUAUGCCCAAAGUAAUUUCAGGUAUCACGUAAAGAGAAGUAAAAUGAAACCUGAAUGUAUUGAUAUUUAUUACAAAACAGAUUCAACACCAAAUUAUGAUAUAGAAUCAGAUGAUAAGGUUAAAGAUUUACCUGAUUUUGAACAAAGCUUUAAGUACAAGAAAGUCGGAUUCCGAAGUAAAUUUAGAGAAUUAUUGGGUCUUCCUUACAAAGGUACUAGCAAUGCAGACAAGAAAAAUCAUUGGGCUAAUCCAUUUAGAAGGCAGAAAGUUGCCGAAUCUUAAUGCUAUAUGUACAUUAUUGAUGCUUAUAUACAAGUUAUGGAGUUUUUAA